AUGAACUCCAGCAACAGCAGUGGCGGCGGCGGCGGGGGCGAGAGUGGGGGCCAGGCCAGCAACAGCAGCGAGGGAGGGGGGAGGCUCUUCACGGGGAACGACCCGGUGCGCCUGAGCGUCACCACGGCCCUGGCGCAGAUCUUCGUCUGGCCCUUCGUCUACAUCGACCUCUUCAUGUUCGUGGUCUUCCUCAAGCGGCACGUGCUGAGGGCCGAGGCGCGCUACAUGCUGUUCGCACAGACCCUCAUCGCCGACACCGCCUUCCUGCUCAGCACCAACUUUGUGGUGAUCACCUACCAGGUGUUCCUGCUGCUGCCCGUGCGCGCCUGCCUGCCGCUGGCCCUGCUGAUGGGCGGCCUCACGCACGUCUCCCCCACCACCAUCGUGGCCAUGUGCGUGGAGCGCUACGUGGCCAUCUGCCUGCCGCUGCGCCACGUGCACAUCUUCUCGCCGGGCCGCACGCUCCUGGUCAUCGCCCUGGUGUGGCUCAUCGCCUUCUCCAAGCCCUUCAUCGACUUCAUGCUCUUCCUCAGCUACGUGACGCAGAGCUACUUCGACCGGCCGGCCUUCUGCUACUACGAGAUCAUCCUGCUGGAGGACUGGCACAUGAUCAUGCGCGGCAACCUCUUCAUCCUCAACUACGUGCUGGUGCUGCUCAUCCUGGCCUUCUGCUACGGCUCCAUCAUGCACGUGGCGCGCCGGGCCUCGGGCCAGAACAAGCAGGCCGCCUCGAAGGGACAGCGGACGCUGCUCUUCCACGUGCUGCAGCUGGUCAUGUGCACCCUGGAGGUGACGGGCCCGCUGAUCGAGGCGCGCGUCCUGAAGACAGGCAACGUCAACACCUACCUCAUCGUGCGCUACUUCAACUUCCUGGCCUUCUCCGUCUUCUCCCGGGCCAUGAGCCCGCUGGUGUACGGCCUGCGGGACGAGAAGUUCAACGCCGGGAUGAGAUACUACGCCAGGUGUGGCAUGAGCCAGGUCUCAGGUGUGGAUGAAAAGCCAAACGCUCGUCCGGAUGUCUGA